GGAGCAUUAUUUAGAUAUGAUUCAGACGAAGGAAAACAAGAGAGAGCAACUCAGGGAAGGUGACAGGAAGACAAAGAGAGAGGAGGUGAGGCAGUGAUGCAUGGAGCGCCUGGCAUUCUCGGCACCGCUGCACCUGGAGCGAAGAGACAGGAGGGCCAAGACAGAAAAAAGCUGCUCGCCAUUGAAGCAGAACGCUGGUGAACCCGGGCACCAUGGACAAGAAGGUGGUGCUGAUCACAGGCUGCUCCUCGGGGAUCGGUCUCAGCCUGGCUGUUCGGCUGGCCUCUGACCCCAACAAAACAUUCAAAGUCUACGCCACAAUGAGGAACCUGGCCAAGAAGGAGCGUCUCUUAGAGAGUGUGAAAGGCCUGCACAAGGACACCUUGGACAUUCUCCAGAUGGACGUCACGGACCGACAGUCCAUCCUGGACGCGAGGGACAGGGUUGUGGAGAAACGGGUGGACAUUCUGGUGUGCAAUGCUGGUGUGGGUUUGAUGGGCCCACUGGAGCUGCAGUCCCUGGACACGAUGAGGCAGAUUCUGGAGGUCAACCUCUUCGGCACCAUCCAGACCAUCCAGGCCUUCCUUCCGGAAAUGAAGGCUCAAGGUCAGGGCCGGAUCCUGGUCACCGGCAGCACCGGAGGGCUUCACGGUCUCCCUUUUAAUGAGGUGUACUGUGCCAGUAAAUUCGCAAUAGAGGGAGCAUGUGAGAGUUUGGCCGUCCUCCUGCAACACUUCAAUAUCCAUGUGAGUCUCAUCGAGUGUGGUCCAGUCAACACUGACUUCCUGGUCAACCUGCAGAAGGUGGAGCUUGGGGAUACGUCUCUCGAGCAGCUCGAUACCCACACACUUGGCCUGUAUGAAAAAUACCUGCAGCACUGUGACUCCGUCUUCCAAAAUGCAGCGCAGGACACUGAGGACAUCGUAAAGGUGUUUCUAGAUGCCAUCCAGUCACCCAGCCCCCUGUUCAGAUACUUCACCAGCGGCGUCGUUCCGCCGCUCACCCAGCUGAAGAUCACCCAACCGGAUGGCUCGCAGUGCAUCCGUUCUAUGAGCAAAAUCAUUUUCUCAUCUGAGGAAAAGUAACUUCCACUCUUGCACACGCAUGGCCUCUGCUUCAUGUUCCUUUACUUUAUACAGUGGUAAAUAUUUGGGCUGUUUUAAUUUUGGUUUCCUGGAAUAAAGUUGAUGCCCUGUGACUCACUGUUGUUGCUCAACUGGAAAGGGCAGUAAGUUCAGAGUUAUAGAACAGUUCACACACCAGGUUUCUAUUUUUGUAUGCCACUUAUCAGAAUUCACAUUUCUUAUCGUUAAAAUUACAAAAAUAGACCAUUUCUGGUUGGUGAAGAAACACUUGAUAAGGAUUGUCUUAUAUUUUGAAUGACACAAAAGCUUCUGCAUUUCAGACUUUUGAUAAGUGUUCUUACACACACACACACACGCACACACACACACACACUGGAAGGCAUGUUUUCACGGGGGUGUUUCCGGACACAUUGUUAAAGUGAAAUGGUAAGAAUGUACUUAUGUAACUCGUGGUUGGCUAUUUUAAGCAAACAGGGACAACAUCGAUACUCCAAAGCAUGAAAUAAUUAAAAAAGCACAAUUUCUCCACACUCA